AGAAGAAACAAGAUCCUGGAAAAUAUAUAAAUCGGCUGGUGGUUUUCAUUUCUAAUUUUCUAAGCGAUUAACAGUCAAGGGAAAAUACAAGUUGGAAAUACUUUCGAGCAAAAGUGAGUAAAAGACAUGAGACCAAAUAUUGUUACCGAGGCAGGAUUGCCUACUAGAGCGGGGCAAUGGUGGGAAGCUAUUCCAUUCCUAACUUCAGCGGUAGUGAUUGUUUGUGGUGUUAUUUACUUGGUCUGCCUCCUAGUUGGAUAUGACUCGUUUUAUGAAAUCUGCUUCUUGCCAAGUGCAGUUAUACCACAUUUUCAAGUUUACAGGAUUUAUACAUCUAUUCUUUUUCAUGGCUCGCUACUACAUGUUCUAUUCAACAUGCUGGCUUUGGUUCCUCUGGGUUCCGAGUUGGAGAGAAUUAUGGGAUCUGUCCGCUUGUUGUACAUGAUAGUUUUAUUGGCUACAACCAAUGCUAUACUACACCUUCUUAUUGCUUUGCUGGUGUUCCAUAAUCCUUUCCAUCCAUUUGAGUACUUCAUGAAUGAGUGUGCAAUAGGCUUCUCGGGAAUCUUGUUCUCUAUGAUUGUCAUCGAGUCAAGUUUGAGUGGAGUCCAAUCUCGGAGUGUGUUUGGUCUCUUCAAUGUGCCUGCUAAAUGGUAUGCCUGGAUCUUAUUGAUAGUCUUCCAGCUUCUUAUGACAAAUGUUUCGUUACUUGGACACUUAUGCGGCAUUUUGUCUGGAUUUGCAUAUAUCUAUGGUUUGUUCAACUUUCUUAUUCCUGGGUCAUCUUUUUAUUCUGCUAUUGAAUCCUCUUCUUUGCUUUCAAGUUGUGUAAGGCGACCCAAAUUUAUUUUGUGUACUGGUGGCAAUUCUUCAGGCUACAUUCCCACCUAUUCAGGCCAAAAUACAACCUCUAGUGGGUUUUCUACAGGAAAUAUUUGGAGAAACUUGUCUUCAUGGAUGCCACAGAGGGAAGCUUCUGCUCAGUCACCACAAGAAAAUCUUAGGUUUCCUGGGAGGGGAAGGGCACUUGGUGCAGGUCAUGGUCAAACAGUUCCUGAUGUGCAUGCAGAUUCAAACCUACAAGCUAGGCUCUUGGAUAACAGCAGCUCAGACCAUCUCUCAGAUACAACGGGAACUGGUAUAGGAGAGCGGGUACCAGAUGGAAGGCAGUCAGUUACAGAUAACACAGUUGCAGCAGGUGCAGGGGCCCCUUUACGCUCUCAGGGGGCCGUUGCUUCAGAUGAGCAAAUCCAAAAGCUUGUAUCCAUGGGCUUCGAAAGGACGCAAGUGGAGGUAGCAUUAGCGGCUGCUGAUGGAGAUCUUAAUGUCGCUGUGGAAAUUCUCAUGAGCCAGCAGGGAUAAUUAAUCUUCACCCUUCACCCGCUUCAGAUUGGCCUUUAGCCUAGUUCAACUGCCGGGAUCUUCCGCACAUGUAACAUCAACUACUUGAAUUUGAUCUUGAGCACAUACUGUAUAGCUGUUCCUGACAUUUUUCAACAGGCAACUGAGCAUAUAAAUGAAUUUUAUACUCUUUUUUACUUUAUUAGUUAAUCUGCCUUUCUUUAUGUGGAACUAAGUUGACAUAGUAGAACGAACUGUCGUCUUAGAAGUACUUUACCAUCUAUGAAGGGAGUACUAAGAGCUGAUUGGAUGAA